GUAGCACUAUGGGCACAUGCGUCGCAUGCAAACGAAGCUAUAAAAUUAGAAUAAGAAAUUGAAUGAACAUUAGGAGAGUGAAUUUUUUUUUUAAUAUUAUUAAAUUGGUAUAAUUGUUGCGUCAUUUCGUUAUAACAUGCGAUAUUGCGAAAUGAACGGAUGAUGACUAUUUGGGGUUAUUAAGAAAUGCUUUUUUUUACUACAAGGCAUUUUAUUGUGAAUAUUCCAGCCAAUAAAUCAUCUUGUGUUUUUUAAAGUGAACGGUUUGUACGUCGGCAGGAAUGGUACUUGAAACAAGACACUGAUGAGGAUUAACGUAAGUCAAUUGUAACAGUAAUAGGUGAACAGCUAAAGCUUAACAUGCUUUAAAGAAUGUCAACAAAUGAUCUGAAAACAUUUGCGAAAAAUAUAUAAAUUUGACACUUACUAAAAAAAGAAUCGGACUUGAAGGUGUUGAUGUCUUUAGAUAAAGAUGCUGCAUUAAGUGAUCAUUUCACAUUGAAGAUUCAUUUGUUAUGUGAUUCGUCUUGUGCUGAUUUUAAUGUAAAUGUAUUUAAGAAGAUUUUUUCUAAAACAUCGUACAGUGUGAACGUGGUAUCAUUGUUACAAGAACAAGUUGAAACAAGUUCCAAAUUAAUUUCACUUAAUAAUUUUUUUAGCAAAAUCCCAACACCGUGUUUAUUUUAUGAUAUUGUUUUCGAGUCAGCUGCUCCCGCCCCCCCAAAAAGAGUCAAAACGUCAUUGUUAACAAAACAUUUACAUCAGUCCAUUGUUUUCAAUAUUAAUUUUUUGCAAGGUGAUCCAUCACCAGGGCGAUACCAAAAACGAAACGGAAGUUUAUCGGACUUGAACCAUAUGAUAAACGAAGAAUUAUCAAUAUUUCAGCAUAAUGUGUAUCUUGAUAAAAAUAAUGGAUCACGUUGUAUUCAAUUUUUGGAUACAUCAACAACAUUGGUUGGAGAAACAAUAGUAAUGAGUGUCAUUCAACGAAUUGUUCAUCGAGCGAUUUAUUGUUAUAUAGUGAAUCUUAUGAGUCAUAUUAGUAAUUUUAAAAGACAUCUUAUUGUUGAAGAGAAUAAAAAAUUAGGCGGCGUUCAAAUGAGUUCUAAAGAAAAAGAGAUUUUUUGUUAUGUUCGAAAAAAAAUUGGUGAUUUUUAUCUUUUUUUAGGAGCACCUUUAUUUUCAUUACAAAUGUAUUCUGAAAUACAAGAGAUUAUGUGGAAAAACUCAAAUUCUUCUUGGAGUGCAUUUUGUCAAGAAUCGGAAGCUGCUGCUAUUUAUUUUUAUUUUCUCUAUAUUGAACAAAAUACACAAGAAAAUGAAACAAAUUGUUUAUCGAGUACUGGUGAUACAUUUUUACAUUGUAAAAAUAUAUCAGCGGAACUUGAACGAAUUGUAUGCGACACUAGCAAAUUUUGGACGCUUUAUUUACCAGGCAAUUCUAAAGCAACAAAAUCUCAUUUGGUUGAUUUUUUACAUGAUACCACUUUAAUCAAUGCCUCACCUUUAGUGCCUUUACACCGUCAUUUUGAGGAAAUGUCCAAUUUUGUUUCUUCUACGUUUAAAAACAAAAAGGAAUCAUUAGAAAUUUUUGGUCUUAUACUAAUCAAAUUAAAAGAAGCGUUUCAUGAGUACGAUAAAUUAGGUUCAAAAGGUCUAUUUUGGAGACUUGAACUUUUAUUAAAAAUGAUGCGGUUACUUGUAAAAACUUUUAACAAGAAAAUUAUUUUAACAAGGAUUCUUUGUAAGGUCGUUGACGAUCUUCAACAAACAUCUCACUUCCAUCAACAAGAAAUGUACUCAGCACUUGCUAAUAUAUUACUACCGUGUCAAAUGUACCGACAUUAUUCUUUUUUAAUUUUUCAAAAUGUUCAUUUGCAAAUAAAACAAUGUGUGACUUUAUACUCUUUACAACAAUUAUGUGAUACAAUAUCCUAUCUUUAUUUACAGGAUGUUUUAAUUUAUCGAAUGAACAAAUGUGUUGAUCAAAAUAUUUUGAGCAAUUGUAAAACAAUGGAUCUGCAACUGUCUUCUCUCAAUGAUGUAUUUGUUUUCACGGCUCCUAUGAACUCCAUCACAUUAUUGCUUUCAUCCAAAUAUUUUCAUAAAAAUUUAACCCGUUUUAAUUUUUACCAACAACAUUUAAAGAAAAUAAAAAUUUAUCAAAAUGACGCAUGUCAUUUAUUUUGGCCCUGUUUACAAGUUUGUGUAUUAAAAACCUUAAUAAUACUUUAUACAACAUUACAACAAUAUGAACAGGCUGCUUUCAUUGUUUACACUUUACUUAUAAAAUGUCAUUCCGUCUUCAACUUCAAAAAUACAUCAACAUGCCUUCAUUUGUUACAUCAAUUAAGCCAACAAAUGCAUGAACCUCUUAAAUUACCUGUUUCUCUAGUGGUUUCGUCUUUGAAUACAAGUCAAGUCGUCAAAAAAAAUAAAAGAGAACCUGAGAAGAAUUUGACUUUAACAAAAAAAACUUUAUCAUUUUAUGGUGGAGUGACGCAAGGUAGUUGCCCCCCUUUACCUACAUUAUGUCACAUUCAAGUAUGUCAAUUGAAAAGAGGAUAUUGGUAUCAAAAUUCAGGUCAAGAUUAUUUUCACACAUUUUGUGAGACCCAAUUAGAGGAAACGGAUUUUGUAAAUUCCACUCUUAAAAAAUCAGUAGUUUCCCAGCCUUUUCCAUGUACUAACAGUCAUUUAAUGACGUUUAAAACAAAUUAUACAAACUCAAUGCGUUCCAAUUCACAAGUCCAACAAGAAUGCGUAUGGUUUGUUGGAGAGCCUGUGGUGGUUGAGUUAACAGUUCGAUCCAGUUUAAAUGUUCCCUUGCACAUUGAUGCGGUUCAUAUUCAAACUUUAGGUGCUCCGUUAGAAACAAAAGAUGUUACGCUUACAUUACAACCCUUUUCGGAAAAGUGCACUUUACAAACUGAAAGCACACUUUUAAAGUAA